GACUUGUUCUGAUUUGGAAGUCACGUGACGUGGGAUGUUCCCAUCAUGGCGCCCGAGAGAGCGAGCUCCGAGCACUUCUCCUCCUAAAUAUUAUGUUUCCAAGAUUCCUGCUGCGUUUUUCUUCAAGAUCGGAGCGGUAGGCAAGGGCUGGGACUUGUAGGAUUUCUGUAGGACUCUUCAAAUAGGGAAUAUCCGCCAUGGGGAAGAGCGGCAGCAAGCUGACGGCCGGGGAAAUGAAGGAACUUCAGGAGUGCACCUACUUUGACAAGAAGGAGUUACAACAAUGGCAUCGUGACUUCAUGAAAGACUGUCCGAGCGGCGCGCUACGGAAAGAGGAAUUCACAACAAUCUACAAGCAAUUUUUCCCUCACGGAGAUCCCACAAAGUUUGCUGAUUUUGUCUUCAAUGUGUUUGAUACAAACAAGGAGUUCACCGCGAUCUACCAACAGUUUUUCCCCCAUGGGGAUGCCUCCAAGUUUGCCAAUUUUGUCUUCAAUGUAUUCGAUAUCAAUAAGGACGGUUACAUCACAUUUAAAGAAUUCAUCUGUGCACUCUCCAUCACGUCAAGAGGGACGUUAGACGAGAAGCUGGACUGGGCUUUCAACUUGUAUGAUCUAGACAACGAUGGCUACAUCACAAAACAGGAGAUGCUGAAUAUCGUGGAAGCCAUCUAUGCCAUGGUGGAAAAGGGCACGAUGCUGGAGUUGCCCCCAGAUGAGGACACGCCAGAGAAGAGAGUUAAUAAGAUCUUCGCACAGAUGGAUAAGAACAAGGACGGCAAGCUCACCAAGGAGGAGUUCAGGGAGGGAUCCAAGUGCGAUCCCUGGAUCGUCCAGGCCUUGUCGCUGGAGAUCCCGCAGUGAUCCCACGUUGUGCAACCAUAUCUUUAACCUGUACAGAUCCUGUAAUACGAGAGAUGAUGUUCAUUUCUUUUUUUAUCUAAAGAAAUAGUACCCAGCUUUACGUGUAUAUUGUAUUACAGAGAAUUAUAUAAACCGCCUUUCAGUAGAGGUUUUAGCAAGAGGUUGGGAAAUUGACCAAUCGGAGGGCUCUAGGUUUAUCACUUUCCCAUCAUGCAGUGGUACAGUGACCAAUCAGCAAGCUGCAGGGUCUGUCACCUUCCCAUCAUGCAGUGGGAUGGUGACCAAUCAGAGCCUGUCACUUUCCCAUCACAAAAUGGUUGCUGACCAAUGAGAAAGAGUCUAUCAGUUUUCCAUCAUACAAUGAGAUGGCGACCAAUGAGAAAGAGUCUUUCAGCUUCCCUUCUUGUGGUACAGUGACCAAUCAGAAGGCUUCAGGGUCUGAUGUGAACUUUGACCUGUAAACUUUUAGAACCUUUGCUUUCCAGAGAGAAAGGACAGAUAGUUAAGCCCAAAGGAGUCUUUUAUGCUUCAUCAUUAUUAUUAAUUCAUAUCGUAACCAGUCAGAAAGCUCAAUUAUUGUAAUGACAAACCAUCUGCGAAUUCUUGAACGUUGUUUGUUUCAGAAUAAGGACGGAAAGUUGAGCCGUUCGGAGUUUAUCUCUGGGUCGAAGAAGGACGCCUGGAUUGUCCAGGCUCUGGCUAUAGAAAUGGAGCAAUGAUGUCUGUGUGUUCAAGUUUCCAUUGUGAGAGCGUUACACAUGGUAUACUGGGAUUCCCCUUUCAAGUCCUCGCUGUCAUUCACAAACAUGGCUGGUGCUGGAAAACCCCUUACAGACCCUUUGCCUCAGCAAAAUUUACAACUUACAGUUAUCACCUAUUGAAAUUUUUACAAGAAAAAUCAGGCAAUGAAAUUUAUACCAAAGUAUAAUACUGCCUCCUCACAACUAAAUGCAAUUGCCCAGUUUCAUUUCAACAACAUUCUUAAAUAUCAUAACAUAAAUGUUUAUCUGCUGAUGACCCCCAUAAAAGCUUUAAUCCAAACACAUUUCCAGCUAUGUUUUACAAUGAUGACAUGCAGGAACUGCCAGAGUGGACCCUUCCAACCACUGACACGUGUGGCUGGCAUCACUAACUCGUUUGGCUGUGGUCAGCUCACCGCACUACCAACAACACAGUUGUGCAUGUAAGGCUAGCUAGCCUGGUUGCUUAGGUUUUCAUUUGAUCUGAUUGAAUUACAGAUAGGUUUGACUACCAGUAAGGCCCAAUUUAUUAUCUCCAUGGUUCUCAGUAGCCUACGUACCAUCAGAUUAUUGUGGAUUUUGCUCUGCUAUGCUCGAAAAAAUUAUGAAUUUUUUAACGUAGAGGAGCAAAAUCCAGAUGGUACCCAGGCUAGGUUCUCAGACAUUUAAACUAAAAAUCUAGCAAGAGAAGAGCUAGCAUGAAAGCCUAGAAGUGGACAAAGAUGUUGAAUCUCAGGUUCCAAACUUUGCCCCUAGAAUCUGUUUUUACGUUGCCAUCUUUUACAUCUACAUUGUCAUGUCAAGUACAAGUACCAAAAGGUUAAAUUGGUUUAAGCAUAGAGUAUUUUCUAAUUCCAUGGUUUAAGCCUUAUAGCCUUAUUAGGGUAACAGCCAGGCUAGCUAGUAGGGUGCCCCACCCACCACAUGCAUGUCAAGACAUGACUUAAGUGUUAAACACCCCAACCCCACUAGAGCUGGGAGCCUCUGUGCCGGCUUUAACCCAGCUGUGCUUCUGUCACCACUUGCUGGGCAUGGCUCCAGUCUCCCAAACUCGUGCAAAAGGUUGCUGCUGUAGGGGCAGAUACUUUUUAUGAAGCAGAACUUAAAGGAAAAUGAACUCUCGGUUCGGUGCAAUUCAAUUUCUUUUCAGCGCAAGCCCUCCUACUCUCUCUCCCACCCCAAACAACCCUUCGUUGUGGCCCUCCCACUACCCCCCUUCUUCUACCAUGGCAAAAGUGGCCUUAUUUGGUGUUGUACGUUGCGCGUAAAGAAUUUGUGACGUCAUAUUCGCUAUAUGUGUAGACCGUAGUUGCAGCCACGUUUCUACAUGUCUUUUCCAUGUAACCUUCCAAAAAAAGCAACUGUACAAUAUGUCAUUUUGGCAGCCUUUUCCAUCGAUUGGGGAUGCAAAUACAUUGUCAUGGCAAAAAAAAACAAUUCCGGUUACUCUCUGAUGAUGGAUUCUUACACCACAGACAGACAUGGCUUCAAAAAAUGUCUUUUUUUUCUUCUUCAUCUUUUGACAAAUGUGAACGAACGACUGUGAUGCUUUUUGCAGGUUCGAAUCACAGGGCAAAUUGGCUGGGAAGGCUUGUAAUUGUGCAACGAUGCGGUAGAAUCGAUGUAUUUACUGUGAAUACCUGACAUUGUAACAAAAAGAGAGAGAAAGAGUCCAUGAUCGUAGGG